CUCCACGCCGCUAGGGGGCAGCACCGCUCUGAUGAGGGAGGACGGUAGAUCCGGCUGACAGAAACCGAUAGAAACAGCACAAACAAGCUUGUGAGUUUAAGUUGAGAUGGCUGGAAAUGAAGAUCUGUUCGACAAUAUUCUUUUGGCGGAUGAAAGGUUCCGAGGGGAGGGCUACCGGGAGGGAUUCGGAAGAGGGACUUGCCGAGGACUGCAGGAUGGCCGCAGACAUGGAGCCUCUCAUGGGGCCAAGCUGUCCACUGAGAUUUCCUUCUACCAUGGGUUUGUCAUCACAUGGAAAUGUCUCCUCCAACAUAAUACGGACGUAAAAUCAAGAAAGCGUCUGAAAGCAGUGGAGGCUCUGCUGGGUUUGAUCCAAAACUCCCCUCAUGAUGAUCCGCAGUCUGCAAAGCUACAGGAGCACAUGGAGAAACUUCGUGGGAAGUUCAGACAGGUCUGCUCUAUGCUGAGUGUCCCGACCAACUUCAAUGAUUACAUCAGAACUUCUGAAGGGACUUCUUUCUGAAGGCCUCCUGAUGAUGAUGAGAAGGAGGUGCUGAGCGGACUUCUGCGUCCUGGACAGAAGAGACGGAACUUGAUCCGCUAACAGCCAGCAGCCCUGUAGUCAGUCUCCCAGGCGUUGACUGGCGUGUGAUUGGUCUGCAGUGGAUUUGGGUUUGCGGGUUUUUUGAGCGUGACGUGGUGACUGUGUCGUCUUUGCCUUCCCCUUUCUGGCGGGAAGGUCUGAAGUGUAGGAAAGUCCACGGACCUCAUUUGACUGGACAAUCCGAGACGACUGCGGUCACUCGUACUGAGUCUGGAGCUCGGUCCCAGUAGGACUUCAGAAACUGGGAUUGGGAGAGAUUUUUAAUUUUUCGUGAUAAAUGAGUAGAUUUAUUGCAGUGACGUUGACCCGGUUGAAUUGAAAAUCGGAACAAAGACAACAGCAGCAAAAGGGCAAACAACGCCAGAAUAAAAUCUUGGAACAAACUUUG